AUGAACACUGUGCGUGACUUGCUCUGGGAAGGUAAAAUCAAUGUUCAGAUAUACCUGCACAACUCAAUAUUAAUUAGUAAACAACAUAGUUCUUCUCAGAACUCUAAUUACCAUGUGUCAGAUAAGCCAUAUUUAAAUUUGAGAUUGCCUAGAGAAGCAUACUUACCUAUGUAUUUAACACAAAUUCUCAAGUACUUACAAUUAUAUUUAGUGUCUGAUGAUAUUGAUCAUAUGUCUUCUCGUUGCUGGUUCACCUUUGAAAAUAAAGUAUUACCAUGGUUUUUGCCUAUUGGUGUCAUGUUUGAUAUAACAAUGGCAUCAGUAAUAAUAUCUAGAGACUCUAAAAAUUAUGCCAAGUUUACAAAUAAUAUAAUUAAUGUAUGGCCUAUUACAUUACAUUAUAUAGAUUCAAAUAAAACAAAUGAAGAAAUAUCUAGUGGUGUAAUUCCAUUGAUUGAUGGGGAAAAACAAGUAGAAUCUUACUGGAUGCAUAGGUGGAAGCAAGCGUGUUUCAUCAUGACAGGUUCUUCUAAGUUACUAAUGUCUUUGAGUAGAAAUGAUACAGUUGCAUUUUGGAAUUCAGUAAAGAGUAGAAAUAGUAUACAAUUUCAAAAAAUUUCCAAGAGUAUAAUCCCUUCAACAAUACUAGGAUUUAGAAUGGUUCCUAUUCAAUUUCAUAUGGUAAACUCUAUAAAUAAUGAAUUUAUGGGUCCUAUCCAACCUGUUCUAAAAUUUAAUACCUCAAAUGAUAGUUAUGAUGGACUUGAAGAUAUAACACUAAAGGACCCAGUAUCAAAAGAAUUCCCAGAUUUAUUUGAUAAGAAUGGAAAUUUCAAUGCUGUAUUAUUAGCACAAGGUAUUAUACUCCAGCUAGACGAAUCUAUUUAUACACUAUACACAUCUUUAUUAAGCAUAGACGGUUUUCUUCACAUAAUAAUUGCAUAUAAUUGA